AUGGAAGGAGCAACAAGCAGCGAAGAAAACGCGACCGCCGUUAAAAUAACGACGAAUUUCGUGCGCGCCCCUGUAUCGCCCCUUGCAUUCGGUGCCACGGCGGCCCCUAGGGUCGACCGUCGUAAACCGACACUCCAAAAUCCGUUUACAUGUGUCGCGUAUCAUGAUGGCUUGGGUGAUGGGCGGGCGGCGGCGCGUGCGCGGCGGGGCGGGGAGGGGGCGGAGGGCGACGACCGCCACACUCCCGCCCCGGUCGUUGCCGCGGCGUCACGUCUCUCUGGGGACCGAACUCCUCUUUGUCUCCGCGCUAAGCGCGAUCUAUUCGUUAUUUUUAAUUCGCCCAACGGCACGCUCACUGCCGCGGCCGAAUGCAAUUCUCUGGAUUACAGUGCCUUAAGGAUUGCAUGUUUGAAAAGUUUCACCGAACAAGUUCAAAAAGUUGCCAUAGUGAGGAUCAAAGAUAACCCUAAAAGCAAUGCUGAAGGUAGCAAAAAGGAAAGCAAGAAAAAAAGCGGCAAACACAAGACCGAAGGCAACGGAGCGGUGACAAAUAACAAGAGCGAGAAAAACGCUUCUGGCGUUUCCAAGACGGAAAAAGAAAAGCCGAAACCUUCACCGCCUAAAAAUGAAACGAAUAACGAGGCGAGUCCGGAAAAUAGUAGAAAUGCUUCACCAAGAUAUCACGAUGCAUCAAUGGACGAUGCGUCGGACGCUGGCUCCCUGUUCCGGGUGACGGGCGCGGGCGGCGGCGGCAAGAACGAGCUAGUGGCGCGCGGUGGCAGCGGCGGGGCGCUGGCACUGUCCCGGGCGCCGGUCGGUGGCAGCGCGAGCCCCGCGCCCGCGCCCCUGCCACAACCGGCGCCCUCACCCGCGCCCGCCGCCCUGCCGCCGCCCGCGCUUCCGCCGCCGCCCUUCCGCGCAGACACGCCGCAUCGGCCCAACGGCGCGCACAUACCCGCCCUCGACGGCCACGCCGCCACGCAGAUACCUUCGCGGCCCGUGGGCGCCGCCGGCCCCGACACCCCCGAGCGGCCCGCCAGCAACAACAAGCUGCAGCCUGGCGCCCGCGCCGCCGCCGACAGCCCCACACCGGCGCCGCCCGCGCCGCCCGCCCCCUCGCCGCUGUUCCCCUCGCACACUGCGUACCAGGCGCACGCGACCGCCGCACUGCCCGACUACCGCCACACGAACCACGAGACGCGGACGGACGCCGGCGAGCCGGCCGGCGCGCCGCUCGACCUGCACGCGCACCACGCGCCGCGCCCGCAGCACGAGCCGCCGUCGCCACACGCUCACGCGCACGCGCACGCACACCCACACCCACACCCGCACGCCGGCCUGCCCGGCCUGCCCGGCCGAGUGCCACACGCGCAAGCGCACCCCGUCAUGCCCGGCCACGACGUCCGGAACCCCCCGCCCGCCUCCCAACCCCAUCCAUCCGUUCCUACCUCGUUCCCCAACCGCGGUCCGCCCCAAACGGCGCCUCCCACCACUCCUGCCACCAACUCCACCUGUCUUCCUAACCAAAAUACGCCCGGACGGCCGCACUCGCCGGCCGCACCCACUUCACGGCCGUACCCCGCCCCGGCUAUCGGGUCUAGUCAUGUAAACUCGAGUUUAAGUUCCAGUAUUCACGGCCAUUCGAUACCCUACCACAGUCAAACGAGUUUACAGAAACAUUCCGUUCAGUCGGCAUAUUCGAAUCGACCCCCGCACCUUUCGACGUUCAGCGUAGCGAACCACAUCUCUUCUAACCACAUACAAACGUCGACACCCAACCAACACAAUAUGGCUACUCAUCUGAGCCAUUCGAUCAACAGCCAUUCCAUUAUGAGCCACCCAAGUAGUAUUCCAAUGAGCAACUCGAAUCCCCUACCUACUUCCGCGUCAAACCAUAUCGGCUCACCACUCUCUUUGUCCUCUACAACAACCAGUACAAUGUCCAGUUACGCGAGCCAGAAACAUCCCGGGCUCAGUUUACCUCCGCAUUCGGCGCCGUUGCCGCCACCAGUCUCCAUGAUGCAACCCAUGAACCACGUGGACGCGCCAACGGUGACCACCGCACCAUCAAUAGUGACCUCUGUUUCGAGCCACAACAGUCAUCCAUUAGCGCCAUCGGUUGUGGAAUCUAGACAGGCGGUGGUUUCGUCAAACGAACUGCCGCCUCGCAGCGAAGGCCCUAUCAUCAGCAGUUCCCUCGCUUCCAACGGGUUCCCGCCGCCUGCUGUCUACUCCGGAAAUUCAUACCCGCCCCUUUACGCUCCUUAUGCGACCACACUGCAACACAGUCCCUACCUACCACCAGCGGCAGCGUCACCAAGGAAUACGGCAGACACGAGAACUAGUUUGUCAGCAUCUCCGCUGGUAGCCCCCAAAACACCGAAAGGCGUGCGACCGCAUACACCGGGCUCAUUGGGCGGAGCGGGCUCUACGCACGCACCGUUAUCUUACUCACCGCGCGGCCACAGCCCUGGGAGAGAGCGAGAAAGCUUCAGCAGCAACAUCAGUAGCUUGUCGCGAAGCACGCCCGCGUCAGGUGCGAGUGCGCCGGUGUCUUUGAGCGCGCCUCUAGCCGCACCGCUCGUCGCGCCGCUCGCCGCUCCGCUCGCAGCACCGCUCGCCGCUCCGCUCGCUGCCCCACUAGCGGCUCCGCUCGCCGCCCCGUUGGCAGCACCACUCACGUCGUCCCUCGGUGCGGGGCUGAGCGCGGGCCUGGGCGGGGCGCUUACUACCCCGUUGGCGGCGCCGACGCCCACGCCGGCCGCGCCGCCCGCUCACCUCACGCACUCGCUGGCACCUGUGCCCACCGUGCCCAGCAUCAGCUCCAGCGCAAAGCCGCCCGCCCACUGGGGGGUAACCAGGCCAACGGCGGCAGAUCGUUCUGCCUAUCCACCAGCGCCGCCGCUUUUUGGACCACCACUUGCGCCGCCUAAUCCAAAUCCCUUUUCUGCUGAAUCACUUUUUCAAUCAAGUCCAGGUGCGGACCUGCUGCGGCGCGAGCUCGACAACCGGUUCCUGGCGGCGGCGGGCGCGGUGGGCGUCGGCUCGGUGGGGUCGCUGGCCGUGCGAACCGAGCUGCACCACCACCAGCACCAGCACACGCACGUGCACCAGCACCCGCCGCACGCGACGCACAGCACGCACGCCGCGCACGCGCCGCCCGCGCAGCACGCGCCGCACCACCCCCACCAGCUGCUGGUGCCCCAAGCGCCGCUGUUCAAAGAUAUGGGAAAAAUGUCAUCCCUGUACAGAACGGGCCUCGGUCUUGGAUAUCCAUAUUCUUCGAGUUUAUUACAUCCAACAGCGCCUUAUGUACCACCUGCGCCUCUCACCACCUACGCACCUAAGCCCGUAGUGUCGGCCGCAAGUGACUCCGCCACUAAACCACCACCACGUCCCGCUGUCGCGAAAACCGGUAGAUGGAAUGCGAUGCACGUUCGCAUCGCUUGGGAAAUCUACAAUCAUCAACAGAAAGAGAAGUCGGGCGGCGGCGGCGGUAGUUUAGCGGUCGGCGGCGCUGACAAGGACAAGCUGCGGGCGUUCCCCGCUCCCGCGCCGCCGCCGCCCGCGUACCGCUCGCCCUACGAGCUGCCGCCCUCGCCCUACCUGCCACACCACCCGCACUUAGGGGUGUCACCGUUCGCGCGGUACGGCGCCGGCGCCUUCCCGGGGGCGCCGACCGCUUUCGGCCUUUCGCCGUACGGCCGCGACCUGGCACUGUCGUCGUCGUUGCACGGCGUGCACCACGCACCGCCUUUGGGUGCGUUGCACGACGCGUGGCGAGGCGUACGCCCACCCGUCUCGGCCGCCGCCGAAGUGCGCCGCGAACACGAGGAGAGAGAGCGGGCGCGGCGCGAGAGGGAGGAGCGCGAAAGGAGAGAGAGGGAGGAGCGCGAGCGGCGCAAGGCGCGAGAGCGCGAAAUGGAACGGGCACGCACGCGAUCACCUCUCCGAAACGGCGUGCCCGAACCCUCGAAGGACGAACGCAAAGAGCCCCCGCGACCGCCGCCCCCGAUGCCGGCAUACCCCCCGCCGCCGCCCUGGGACCCGUACCGUACAUUCGACCCACUGCAGCACAUGAGGUUCGCGCCACUAGUGGAGGCGGCCAUCCGCGCCGAGGAGGACCGCGCGAAGAUGCUGAGCGCCUACGCGCACCACCAGCAGCUGAAGUCGGGGCCGCUGCUGCACCGCGGGCUGCACUCCGCGCACGUGUCGCACCCGCACCCGCACGGCCACUCUACGCACGGGCCGCACGGCGCGCACGGCUCGCUGCCGCUGGGAGCGCACGGGCCGCUCGCCCCGCUGGCGCCGCUCGCCCCGCCGCUGGCGCCCCUCGCUCCCCUCGACCUGCUCAAGAAGGAGGAGCCGCGA